AACACGCCGUUAGAUCUCUAUAACUCAUCUGACUUAGUUUAAACUGAAACUUUGUUUCUUUGUAUCUCUAUCUUUCUCUCUCUUCUCAGCUUAUCCAUGGCUUCCACCGCUGCAUUCGUCACUUUGGCAAAGCCCUUAUCUUUACCCACCAACAAUUUUUAUCGCAACUCUAACCAAACAAUAUUGGGGUUAAGAAGAAAUUCCCUUAAAAUUAAUGCAGUUGCUACAAAAUGGGAACCCACUAAGGUUGUUCCUCAGGCUGAUAGAGUGUUGAUUCGACUUGAGGAGCUUCCUGAGAAAUCAGCCGGUGGAGUUCUUUUGCCCAAGUCAGCAGUGAAGUUUGAGAGGUACCUUAUGGGAGAGAUUCUCUCUGUUGGCUCUGAUGGUGGGGAAGUAGAGGCUGGAAAGAAGGUUCUUUUCUCUGAUAUAAGUGCCUAUGAGGUGGAUCUAGGAACAGAUACUAGGCAUUGUUUUUGCAAAGAAGCAGACCUCUUGGCUGUAGUUGAGUAGAUGGUUCAGACGGCAGUUUAUGUAUGACUGGCUUCUGUUGAUUUUGGCCUUAGGUUUUAGAUCCUUUCGUUCAUCAAUGGUGAAAUUUCAGAUGUAUUCAUUUUCAAUAUAAGAGAAUUAUGAUGCUCUUUUAAUCAAGGUCUCCUUUUUUAUAUUGUGCUUUGACAAUGUACACAAUGUUUAAAUUCAAUUAUUUGGCUGAUGGGUUGCGAUUUGCAAUGCAAAAUCAAAUAUAAAGGGAUCAAGAGAUGGACAAAUAUAAAAACAUUGGAACUU